AUGCCAAUCAAAUCGUUAGAGUCAUACUUUUUCGAAAGGGCACUUGUUGGUUCAGCUCCGAUUGAAUCCUUGAAUAACAUAACGUUAGGAAUUGAUGUGGAUCAUUAUGUUUCGAGGCUGUUAGCUAAUAAACGAGAGCAAUAUCUGGAUGCUAUUGGGGGGUAUCCGACGAGUUUGGAGAUGUAUAUUGAAUCCGAUUUACAGAUAUUUCAGGAGAAUAAUAUUAUUCCGGUGUUUGUAUUUUCAGGGUCGCCAGUUUUCAACCAACUACAGUAUCAAUCUUAUAGUACAAAUACUCAAGGCUCAAAUGGGGCGAACCAAGCACCUAGUGGGCAGAAGACGGCGUACGAGACGAUUAUUGCGCAGAGAUAUAAGGCAUGGGCGCACUGGAGUAAUUUGAUGAACAAUAAUAAGGCUAAUUAUAUUGAUCAGCCGCUUUCACCUGGCGAGUCAUUUAGGCACAAUGUCACAUUAAGCUCUAGAAGAUUCCAGUCCGACCUGGUGCAAUAUUUCAUUUCGAAGGGCAUCAACUACAUGGUUGCUCCAUAUUCUUCAUGGAUACAGCUGGCAUAUUUGUUGGAGGAGCAGUAUAUUGACGCAAUUUAUGGUCCUACAGAUUUGCUGAUUGUGGAAUCAGUUCCUAAGUUUAUCUUAGGAAUGGAAUUCCCCAACAAGGAGUUUAGAUUCAUUGAUAGAAGCCGUAUUUUAAACGAGUUCAAAAUAAAUUUUGAGGAUUUCCUGGACAUUUGUAUGGCAGUUGGAAAUGAUUUACAACCAUUCACAUUACCACCGCUUCAAAUUUAUCCUCAACAGCAGCUCUUUGAGAUUGCAUUGGAUAUGAGUAUUAAUGGGGGGACUAAUUUUUACACUUACCAGUUGACAAACCCCAUACAGAUAGAUGCUUCUAAGUUUGUUUCCAUUUAUCAAAAGGGAACAUCUGCUUUGAAGUUUAUGCCGGUGCUGAAAUCCAACGGGAGGGUCGAAAUAUUUGGUUAUUCAGAAGCGGACUUAGCUUCCAAUGAUAAUCGCGAGAGAGCGCAAAUCCCUAAUGAUAUCCAUGAUUUUAUCCAACAGAGGUUGCCACACGAAUAUAACUUUUACAGGUCCAUUGGAUUGGCCAGCUCUAAACUGCUAGAUAUUAUAUCAUCUGGUAUGUAUUCUGAGUAUCCACCACUGGAUGGCGGAUCGUCUGAUUCUUACCGCAACUUGGUAAAGAAAUCCGCGGAGGUUUUCAAAAACAACGAAAUUAAUUUGUUAACGCAACCAAUUAAUAGAUAUUACCAAAUCAAACCGAUUAAGCAUGUUAAGUGGUUUAGCCCCAAUGCCGAUGUCACCCUAUCCAAUAGAGUCACCCCCUCGAUUUAUGAUCGUAUCAAACACUUAUACGUAAAAACCGACGAUGCCUCGAAGGAGUUCUCAAUUUCAGAAUUUAUCAGAGUACUUUCAACCUCCACAGAUCUUACAAAAUCUUUCACAGCCCAAUCGAAGAAGCCCGGGCCAAUUACUGAUAAGUUAACGGCUCCGUUUGACCUUUUGGCUACGAACUUCUUGAGGUUCCUUUGCUUAUUAGGCUUCUUUGAGUAUGGCUCAGUUUUGAAGCCAACAGAAUACGGUAGCGUAUUUUUAAAAUUUAAUGAUUUAGGCCUGAACGUUAAAUUCCAGGAAGCGUUCCUGAUACUAUUGGUGUUUUUCAAGAUGAAUGUGUUAGGCCUCGCCGAGGAAACUCAGCCACCAACUCAAUCAGCCCUUUCACAGCCUACGCUGCGAUCAUAUCCUAAAGAGUCGAUGUACAUCCUUGUUAUCACACGUAUGCUCACUCUUUUUCAAUUAAAACAAAAACCUGCCAACUAUUAUGGACCAAUCGAUAAGAAAACGCUCAUAUUUAGGGAACACCUUGACUACGUGAAGCAGAACAUGUCUGAGCUUUAUGAAGCUGUGCUUGUUAGUUCUUUGGCAUCUUCUGAAUUUGAUAGAUUAUCCUUAGAUAAUUCGGGAUGGCAACGGAAUAUUGUUGGUCACGUACCAUUCAAGAUAUCGACACCAAACACAGUGAUGGCGAUGAUGUGGGGAUUCUAUCUACAAAAGUGGCUACAUAAUGCUCAUGAUAGAGAAGAUGCUCUAGCUUUGGUGACAAAUUCCUUUUCCAACUAUAAAUAUGUCACUAAUCUAGAAGAGGAGAUGGAGCGGGCUUAUAAGUACUUGAACGACAUUUGCAUAAUACUUGGUGAAAUGAACCACGUGAAAUUAAUUGCAGACGCCGAUUACGAACUCUUCAAGGAAGCGGUUGAAUUUGCAGGUAAAGCCAUGAAGUAA